GGGAAUUCCAGGCAGAGACAGGUACCUACCUACCUUAUGUAUUGUAAAACCCCAUGCGGCUGGCUGGCUAUCGGCUAUAACCCCAUUUCGAGAUUAGCACAUAGCAACCUCACUCAGCCGCACCAUUAUUCUACUCCGCUCUAGAGCUCCUCGUGUCCUUGCUCACGAUAUAUAUAAUACCUACCCAUAGCUCUAUCCUAAUGUCCCAAGGAUAUAUUGCAUUCAUUAGUUUUAGUCAUUUACAUAAGUGACAGUUGUUUUCAGAAUGGCUCCAGCCCUCGAGUCAACAGACCUCAAGAAUAAGCUGGAAGACCUGUCUGGGGUUGUACUGAAACCCGGGGAGAAUCCAUACAAUGCGCUGAUAGAAGUUUGCGAUGAUGACCCAACGAAAAUACAGUCCAUAUAUUCUGCUCACCGCGUUAAGCGCAAUGCGCAACAGAAGGACAAAUUCCUGGCCUCUGAUUAUGCGGAAUUGAUUAUCGAUCCGUACUUGCUCCGGCUGGAGAAUCCAAAGAUAGAGCCUGGCUUCGACCCAAGGAACUGCAUGACCUUCUGGGGUCGGCCUCCAAUCCACGUAUUGGAGCUCGCCGACGAGAUCCAGAAGCGACUGAAAGCCCUCUCAGCAAACAUCUGGCUCAUGCCCCUGCACCGAAUGCACAUCACAACCCUCGAGCUCGCCUUCUCGCGCACCGCGCCCGAGAUCGAGUCUCUCAAACAAUCUCUCUCGCCCGCGAUCCCGCAUAUCGCCAGCUACACGUACCUCCACCGGUCGCGGCUCGUGAAGCCCCUGAUCUCGUACGACCUGUCCGCCUUCGCGCUGUCGUUCCUGCCCGCCGCGGGGGAGCCCCGCCUCUCGCCCACAUCCUCCUCGGAUGUCGUUGCGCCCGAAAACACCGCCGCCGACGUCGAUGGCGAUGAUGGGUACACGUACCACCACCUGCGGCGGGACGUGUGGGACCAAGUCAAGGAGGCGGGCGUGACGGUCAGCUCGCGGUACGUGGUGCCGAGCGCGCACAUCACGCUUGGCAGGUACCUGACGAACGCGGACCACGGGACGCCCGCGCAGAGGCAGCGGUGGGUCGAUGGCAUUGACGAGAUCAACGCGUGGCUGGAGACGGAGGUGUGGGAUAAUCCCGCGUCCGCCUGGGUGGGCGAGUGGAUGGUCGGUCAGGAGAAGGGGUUGGACGUGCGGGUCGGCACGCUUUGGUAUGGUGGUGGUCGGACUGUCCAGAUGGGCGAGGGAUACUAGGUGCUGCUGGAGGUUAGGUGGUCUGAGUUUCUAAAAACGGAACCCUUUCCCGUAUAUUUUGAUCUUUGAAAGCGGUUGGGUGGAUUUGAACACCUGCCUGGGUAGAUAUCUAGAUGAGAGCAUAAGUCUUAGACAGACCCAUAGAUAUAAAUAGCCAAUCACCAUUGCAUUUACAGCAGAAAUGCAGCUCUCUCGAUACAGAUCCGGUACCC